UAAAGUAAGGGGAGGGCUGAAAAAAUGGUGUGCAAAAGAUAGGAUGAUGUCAUAUGAAAUAACUAUAUAUCAAAUUCUAAUGAUGAUACUUUCCAGGUCACAGCAUGUUAGUGGCUGAAGAGCAAAUUUCAAUUAGAUUGCAUGAAGAUGGUGGAGGAGAGCCUCUGGGUGUGGAUGUGGGGUGGUAGUUGGGCAAAGCUCUGUCUCUAUUUCUAAUGAGGCCUGUUGAAAUAGAAACAGAUUUUUCAGGAUUUUCUGUCGUAAUAAUCAAAUUUCUAAGAACUAUCUUAUUACUAAAGAGUUUAGUGAAAAAGAGUGCAUACAUUUCUUUGAAUCCUUUCCCCAUACUAUGCAAAGUUCCUUCAUGCUGCUGGUACUGAAUUGGAUUCAGGAAGCAUUUAUCUGUGGUGAAGAAGAAGAAUUGAAUUUUGGAUAUCCUAAAGAAUAUGCACAAAACAGGUGAUAAAGUGUUAAAAGUCCAGAUGAUAAUGAUACUUCCAUAGCAUUUCCAACUUGCUAGGAAAGCCAAGGGCUUUCUACAUGCGAAUUCAUUUUGUCCUCCCUGCAACUCUUGGCAAAAGGUGCUAUCAUUAUCUCCAUUUAACAAUUAGGAAACUGGGGCCCAAAAAAGUCAACUAACUUUCCCAAAGUUCAAAUAGCUAGUAAAUCGGAGGACUGGGAUUUGUUAUCAGAAGCUGUUUACAAAUUACUAAAGGGGUUGGCUAGUGCCUUUACUUGUAAAUGGGGAAACUGUCUACUGACUUCUUGCUCAAGGACAAUAAGGAAUUAUCCUUUAAGCCCUAGUAGUUCACUGGUCCAGAUGACCUUGAGUUGGGAAAAUGAUCUCUGGCCUUUGCAGUCUUCCUUUGUGGAUCAAGAGCUUCAAGCACUUCUGGGGUAGCAGGGAGCGGUUGCUCCAUACAUGUUUGUGAAAUAAAUGAAUGAAAAUUGCCAAACUCCCACUCUCAGGUGUCACAGUUGGCUAGCAGGGUGUGUUUCACAAUUGAGUAAUUCUUGAUAAAGUCCCUGGGACAGGGUGUUUAUAAAGCUGCCUUCCAUGGAGGAGAAUUGGGGCAGAAACAAGAGGGAGAAAUUAGGGGCCCUCACCAGUGGGGGCUAAGAGCAGAUAUCAGCAAGGGCUGAGCCUUCCAGGGUGGGAGACUCCAGCUAGGACAGGCCUGCUGGUAGAUAGGUGACUCCCCUCUCUCUCUCACCUAGCCCAACUUCAAAAAGCCAAAAGGACAUCCCCACCCCCUGUGGAGCCUCCAUAAAUAUUUGUCCAGCACAUGUAUGAGUAAAGGAGACAGAAGGGGUGUGUUUUGAAAAGUCCAUUCUCGUGCUCCUAACCCCCACACCUAGGCAGUCACUUCUGGAUAAAACCUCUCCCUCUUGGGACUGUCAUCUGGGAGGAGCAGGCAUCUAGUUGUGCUGGCCCCAUUGACAGCAGGGCCACUUACAGAAGAGCCAUGCCUAGGUACACCGUGCACGUGCGCGGAGAAUGGCUGGCUGUGCCCUGCCAGGAUGCCCAGCUCACUGUGGGCUGGCUGGGCCGUGAGGCCGUGCGGCGCUACAUGAAGAACAAGCCAGACAAUGGUGGCUUCUCGUCGGUGGAUGCCGUGCGCUUCCUGGUGCGCAGGUGCAAAGGUCUAGGCUUGUUGGACAAUGAGGAUGUGCUGGAGGUGGCUCUGGAGGACAAUGAGUUCGUGGAAGUAGUCAUAGAAGGAGAUGCAAUGUCCCCUGAUUUCAUUCCCUCACAACCAGAAGGAGUUUAUUUAUACAGCAAAUAUCGAGAGCCUGAAAAGUAUAUCGCCUUAGAUGGGGACAGUCUGAGCACCGCAGACCUGGUCAACUUGGGAAAAGGACACUACAAAAUAAAGCUCACUUCCACUGCAGAAAAGAAGGUGCAGCAAUCCAGAGAAGUCAUAAAUAGCAUCAUCAAAGAACAGACAGUUGUGUAUGGUAUUACUACAGGCUUUGGGAAAUUUGCCAGAACCGUAAUUCCUGUCAAUAAGCUACAGGAGCUUCAGGUCAACUUAGUUCGUUCCCAUUCUUCAGGUGUUGGAAAACCACUCAGCCCUGAGCGGUGUCGGAUGCUCUUGGCUUUAAGGAUCAAUGUCUUAGCCAAAGGAUAUAGUGGCAUUUCCCUCGAGACCCUCAAACAAGUCAUUGACGUAUUUAAUGCCUCCUGCCUGUCAUACGUUCCAGAGAAAGGAACUGUUGGUGCCAGUGGAGACCUUGCCCCACUCGCUCAUCUUGCUCUUGGGUUAAUUGGAGAAGGGAAGAUGUGGUCCCCAAAGAGUGGCUGGGCUGAUGCAAAAUAUGUCCUAGAAGCUCAUGGGUUGAAACCAGUUGUUUUAAAACCAAAAGAGGGCCUGGCACUAAUCAAUGGAACACAGAUGAUCACCUCCUUGGGCUGUGAAGCUGUGGAGAGAGCCAGUGCCAUUGCCCGGCAGGCUGACAUUGUAGCAGCCCUGACCCUUGAAGUUCUGAAGGGCACCACCAAAGCCUUCGAUACAGACAUUCAUGCCGUUCGCCCUCAGCGUGGGCAAAUUGAAGUUGCUUUCCGGUUCCGGUCACUCUUGGAUUCAGAUCACCACCCAUCAGAAAUUGCAGAGAGCCACAGGUUCUGCGAUCGUGUACAGGACGCAUACACCUUGCGUUGCUGUCCCCAGGUCCACGGGGUGGUGAAUGACACAAUAGCAUUUGUGAAGGACAUCAUUACCACAGAACUGAAUAGUGCAACAGAUAAUCCCAUGGUCUUCGCCAGUAGAGGAGAAACGAUUUCUGGAGGAAAUUUCCACGGUGAAUACCCAGCCAAAGCCCUGGACUACUUGGCCAUUGGUGUCCAUGAACUUGCUGCGAUUAGUGAGAGAAGAAUUGAAAGGCUCUGUAAUCCUUCCCUCAGUGAGCUGCCAGCCUUCCUGGUGGCCGAAGGUGGCCUCAACUCUGGGUUUAUGAUAGCCCACUGCACAGCAGCUGCCCUCGUUUCAGAGAGCAAGGCUCUGUGCCACCCUUCGUCUGUGGACUCACUCUCCACCAGCGCUGCUACUGAGGACCAUGUCUCCAUGGGAGGGUGGGCAGCCAGGAAGGCCCUCAGAGUCGUGGAGCACGCAGAGCAAGUGCUGGCCAUUGAGCUUCUUGCAGCCUGCCAGGGCAUAGAGUUUCUACGCCCCCUGAAAACAACCACUCCACUGGAGAAGGUCUACGACCUGGUGCGCUCUGUUGUAAGGCCCUGGAUUAAAGAUCGCUUCAUGGCCCCGGAUAUUGAGGCGGCACACAGACUGCUCCUUGAGCAGAAGGUUUGGGAAGUGGCCGAACCAUACAUUGAAAAGUACAGAAUGGAGCAUAUUCCAGAAUCAAGACCUGUUUCCCCAACUGCCUUCUCCUUGGAAUCCCUACGCAAGAAAUCCAUCAAAAUUCCAGAGUCUGAGGACCUGUAAUGGACAUUUUGUCCUGGAUGAGCAAAUCAGAUGUCACUUAGCUGAUUGCAGAACAGUACUGUGCUGAAAGACAGGCCUGUGGACAGCCCGCCAUGUAACACCCCUUCUCUAAAACCUGCUUUGCUUAGGCUGGUGACAAUUCCAGCCUUGGAUUCUUGUUACUAUGGUGAGAAGUACAGAGUGUCUCCAGGUUAAAGGAGUUUUCUUAAUUUCUUCAUAUCAUCAGGCCAUUCCUUCUUAAUAUUCACCCUGGCGUUGAUCUAUUGUUUUUCCCUCUUAGUAUAAGACAACCCAUUUCAAAUGGGAGAACAGAUUGUUGGCAUUCAUCUCUAAAAAAAUAUUGAAUUCUGUGAUUCUUAUGAUUUCGGUUUUUUUGUUUGCUUGGUUUGUUUUGGUACUGGUUCUAGGGCUUGAACGCAGGGUCUGGGUACUCACACUGAGCACAUUUGCUUAAGGC